AUGACUGAUUUGGGGUUACUUCAUCAUUUCCUUGGCAUGGGGGUAGUACAAACAGAUAAAACCAUUUUUAUUCACCAGAGGAAAUAUGCAAUGAAGCUCAUUGAGAAAUUUGGAAUGAAAGAUUGCAAAUCUGUGGCAACACCACUAGUUGUGAAUGAGAAGUUAUGCAAGGUAGAUGGCAGUGAAGCAGCAAAUGAGAGUGAAUAUAGACAGGUUGUAGGUAGCUUGCUAUACUUGACUGCUACAAGGCCAGAUAUAAUGUUUUCUUCUAGCUUACUUGCUAGAUUCAUGCAUAAUCCCACAAAUAAGCAUAUGGGAAUAGCCAAGAGGGUGUUGAGAUACAUUCAGGGGUACUGUGACAGUGACUGGGCAAGAAGUGAGGAUGACAUGAGAAGCACUUCAGGGUAUGCAUUUACACUAGUAUUUGGUAUGUUUUCGUGGGCAUUGAUCAAACAAAACACAGCGGCAUUGUCCACUACAGAAGCGGAAUAUGUCAACGCUGCAGAAGCAACAUCACAGGCUAAAUGGCUAAGGUUUGUGCUUGAAGAUUUUGGAGAGGAGCAAGUGGAAGGCACACCAAUUAUGUGUGAUAACACAUCUGGCAUAACAAUAGCAAAGAAUCCCAGUCCUUCACCAGAAAACUAG